CCGUAGUAACCGCUUGAGUGCAAGCCUGACAUCUGGCGUAAAAAGUCAUCAUGACAGGGGUGUGUGGUUGUUGUGGAGCGCUGAGGCCACGCUACAAGAGACUGGUGGACAACAUCUUCCCUGAAGACCCAGAGGAUGGAUUGGUAAAGGCCAACAUGGAGAAGCUGACUUUUUACGCUCUGUCAGCUCCAGAGAAGUUGGAUCGGAUCGGGGCGUACCUGUCUGAGAGACUGUCUCGUGAUGUAGCUAGACACCGUUAUGGGUAUGUGUGUAUUGCGAUGGAAGCCCUUGACCAGCUGCUAAUGGCCUGCCACUGUCAGAGUAUCAACCUGUUUGUGGAGAGUUUCCUGAAGAUGGUGCGGAAACUCCUGGAGGCAGACAAACCCAACCUGCAAAUCCUGGGAACAAACUCUUUUGUGAAGUUUGCUAACAUCGAGGAGGACACCCCCUCGUAUCAUCGCAGUUACGAUUUCUUUGUGUCACGGUUUAGUGAGAUGUGCCAUUCCAACUAUGAGGACCCCGACAUCCGCACCAAAAUCCGAAUGGCUGGAAUUAAAGGUCUACAGGGAGUAGUGAGGAAGACCGUAAACGAUGAGUUGCAGGCAAACAUCUGGGACCCUCAGCACAUGGACAAGAUUGUCCCCUCACUGCUCUUCAAUCUGCAGUCUGGUGAAGGCACAGAGAGUCGCUCUCCCUCCCCGCUGCAGGCCAGUGAGAAGGAGAGAGAAAGCCCAGCCGAGCUGACAGAGCGCUGCUUUCGGGAACUGCUGGGCCGUUCCGCCUAUGGCAACAUCAAGAACGCAGUCACCCCUGUGCUUAUGCAUCUUGAUAAUCACUCGCUGUGGGAAGGCAAAACAUUUGCAGUGCGCUGCUUUAAGAUCAUCAUGUACUCCAUUCAGUCCCAGCAUUCUCAUCUGGUCAUCCAGCAGCUCUUGGGCCAUUUGGAUGCCAACAGUAAGAGCUCAGCCACAGUGCGUGCUGGGAUAGUGGAGGUCCUUCUGGAGUCAGCUGCCAUCGCUGCCAGUGGCUCUGUUGGCCCCACAGUGUUAGAGGUUUUCAACACGCUGCUCCGGCAUCUGAGGCUUAGUGUGGACUAUGAGCUCACUGGAUCCUACGACCGUAUUAACAUCGGCACCAAAAUAAUCAAAGAGCAUGAGGAGAGACAGCUACAGGAAGCUGUCAUCAGAACUAUCGGCUCAUUUGCAAACACGUUACCAACAUACCAGCGUUCUGAGGUGAUGCUCUUCAUCAUGGGGAAGGUCCCUAUUCCAGGAAUGCAUCCCACGCUGCCCUCUACAGGCUCAGGGCCUGAGGGCAACCGAAUGAUCCAAGUCAUGCUGUUGAAGUCCUUGAGACAGGUCACAUGUGGUUUCCAGACGACCAACAUGCUGACAGCUCUGCCAAACUCCUUUCUGGACCCACUGCUGUCAUUUGCUCUGCUAGAAGAUGCAGAAAUUCGACUGUUGGUGCUGGAAAUACUGGUCAGCCUUAUUGAUCGCCAUGACAACCUCCCCAAGUUCUCCACCAUCAGUAUCAUCUCUGAUAUCUCUGUGCUUAAACUCAAAGUGGACAAGUGCUCACGUCAAGACAACCUCUUCAUGAAAAAGCAUGCCCAGCACCUGUAUAGACACAUCUAUCUGUGCAGUAAGGAACAGAGCAGCAUGCAGCCUCACUUUGAGAAGCUGUACUCACUCCUGGCCCUCAUCAGCAUGGAGCUGGCCAACGAAGAGGUGGUGGUGGACCUAAUCCGUGUGGCGCUCGCUCUACAGGACUUGGCUCUGAGCAGUGAGGAGAUGCUACCGGUGUAUAACCGCUGUGCUAUUCAUGCUCUGUCCUCUGCUUACCUCAAUCUCAUCAGUCAGCUCACCACAGUGCCAGCGUUCUGCCAGCACGUUCAUGAGGUGAUUGAAAUGAGACAAAAAGAAAGUCCUUACCUGUUACCUGAGGAUGUCUUCAUUGAAAACCCAAAGAUUCCUAAGACACUGGAGAAGCUGGAAGGAGAGCUGUUGUUCCAACAGGCCAAGAUAACUGAGGUUCUUGGAGGAAGCGGCUACAACACUGAGCGACUAGCUACACCUUAUGUCCCACAGUUCACAGAUGAGGACCGGCUGUCAAAAAGAAAGAGCGUUGGAGAAACAAUAUCUCUGCAGGUGGAGGUAGAGUCCAGAAACAGUCCAGAGAAAGAGGAGAGAACACCAGCUGAAGAAAUCACAUUUGAAACACUAAAAAACACCAUCGUGGAUAGUGUAGGCGUGGAGGAACAGGAGAAGGAACGCAGGAGACAGGUGGUUGAGAAGUUCCAGAAGGCCCCCUUUGAGGAAAUAGCUGCCCACUGUGGUGCCAGAGCUACGAUGCUGCAGAGCAAACUUAAUCAAAUCUUUGAAAUCACGAUCAGGCCUCCUCCCAGUCCGUCUGGAACCAUCACAUCAGGUUACGGCCAAACCCAGAGUCGCUCUGUCCCCGUUUAUGAGAUGAAGUUCCCGGACUUGUGCGUUUACUAGUGCAGCUCAACUCAGGAUUCAGGAGCCUUCAGUAGCAGCCUGUGGUGCAGAGAGCUGGAGGGUUUUAAGUAUUGAAUUAUAUUUUGAUGUUUUGUGAUACAGGAAAACUAAGAGGUCAGCCCUCCUCUAUACUAUAAACCUCAUCGCUGUAUUGUCCUCUGUUAAGGUGACUACUACUGAAAGGAUUUUGAACAUUUGGAUUCCUGAUUUAGGUUCAGUACACGUUCAGUUUUCCCUAUUUACAAAUAUUUUUCCACAUAUUCAUUGAUACCCUGCACUUCUAUAACAAAAUCAGCUAACAUAAAUAUGUAUCUGCAGCAAAAAUCCAACUGAACAGAGGUGUAAGACCUGAGCAUACCUGGGUCAUAUUUAUCCCUUAAAAUCAAAAGAAAGAAAUAAUAUAUUUUGAAUAAGCAAAACUUUCCUAACUUCAGUACCAUUAAGAUUUUUUAACAUUGUGACAUUAUUUUCAUGAUAAUCAAACAUAAAAAUAGUUAAACUGUAAAUUAUUUACACAUUAGGAAUUAUGUCUUUAAUUAUGCUUAUUGUAAUGCUGAUUUCACUUAAAAUCAUUGCAUUAGUUAUUGUUUAUUGUAAUAUAAUAAAACUACAGGAACUGCACAUUUUUUACAAUACAAAUUACAAAAUGUAAUGUAUAUUAAAUAAAAAAAAAACGUAUUACAGUAUUAAGACUGAUAAUAUUUUUGAAUUGUCAUAAAAAUAAUGUGAUAAUGUCAAAAAAUGAAUGCUCAUAAAUAGGUUUCAUGUUAAUAUGGUCAUUAAUUUGACCAUAUUUCUGUUAGAUUCACCUUUAUUCUUUUUAAAGUGGAGUUUAAUAGUUCUAUAUUGAGAAAAGGGGGAAACUGUCAUCUCAUACAUUUUGAAAAAUCAAACUAUGUACCUUUCUACCUAAGUGUUAUCAGCAUCAGUGAGCCUCAUUAGUUGCACAAAUGAUUUUUCCUUGGUGCUAAUUUCUGUUCCUAGUAGUUUAAGUCUUUAGUAAAUGAACUUUUUAUUGGUAGUUUGUUUAUCACAGCGAUCUGCAUCUGAAGAUAUCUGGCUCUCAGAUCACUGGAGGUGAUGUCCGUCUUCUUCUUGUGUUUACAUUGUAAGCACAGUUGUUUCUAAGUGGUGUUAAGGAGCUCCGAUGCUGAAGGAACUAUUUAAUUAGCACUUUUUUAUUUAUCUAACCAUACUCAUUUGCUUAGCGUCUGUAGCCCGCUACAUUAUGCUUAUUUUUGAGUGCUUCCACACAGUCUUGUGGCAUCAGACAGUUCUUUUUAUUCUUUUUAUUUUGUAAGUUCAAGUAUCAUUUUUUAUUGUGUAUAUAAGGUUGCGUACAAGAUCUAUAAAUAUAUGUAAAUAAUUGUUUAUUUGUUUUAGAUUGCUCUGGUUUAGCUCAGAGUGUAUGUGUGUGCAUUUCCCCAUGAAGAACUAAGCAGCAUGAUCUCUCCAUUUCGAAAGUGUUUGCAAAACUCAUAAUGGCAGAUUUGUUUUGGUGAUUGACUGCUAGCUUCAGGGUUCAGAGACAAACGAAGAAAAAACAGUCCAUCAGGAACGGCAGCAUUGCCAUGCAUCACACUCCUGUUUUUUUUUUUUUUUUUUAAAUCCCAGCUAUGUAGUUUGAAUUACAUGAUGCUCUACAAAUAUUCCAGAUCAUGCAGAGACUGGUAUUUCAGUGCUGAUCUGUGUCUCUAAAGACAGUAGAAUAUUUAAAGGAUAAUAUACAGCCAGGGGUUUAUUUUACAGUUUUGAUCAUCUGACUGUACGUUAUCCUGCUUAGUACACGGCUGCUUACCGAAUAAAUAAAUAUAUGGAGAUAACACUGUAAACUUAUGUUGAAAUUAUUCAUCUUAUUUGUCGAUUAGCUUACUUGUGUUAUGUAUCUGCUAAGCAAAAUAGUUCAUAAUAACAGAAAACAGUCUGCAAAUAGUAACAAGACAAGCAGUGCAACAAUAUUUCAGUAUUAAUUUAUAUAUUAUUUUUAAUCUGCAAUCCAAGUUAUUUUUUGUUCGGACUAGUUGGCUAACAUUUAACAAGUCUUCCACUAUUUUAAUUUCGGUCUCACCCAGUUCAUUGUAUUUCCAUUUUUUUUAUUAUUAUUAAUUUUCUUGCUUAAACUGGAAGCUCCUCCUGAGCUACCUUCUAUUGAAUGUUUUUUUUAAAAAAGAUAAAAAAAUACAAAAAUAAAAAAACUUAUCACGGUCAGAUAGGCAGUUUUAGUGCAUUAUAAAAAAUUGGCCAAUACUCAAGAACCUAUUUUAGAGACCUGUUAAUAAAGAAAGAAUUAUAAUUAUAUUUUUCAUCAUUUGAUGAGGGUUUUUUUUUUUUUGGCUUUUAUAUUGAGGUGGUGUAAAUGAUGAGAUUUAUUACAGACAUUUAUGUUGUAUGCAUUUAGUCCCAUUCUUUGUGUGGAAUGUUUUUGUAUGGCUGUGGAUUUUUACAGUGCCAUGAAUUGAAGAACUGCUUUGCUUUUUAUGCUACCGGUUGGUGACUGCAUACAGUAUAUGUUUUAAGUGUUACUUUACAUGUUUUUUAAGACCAUAUAAAAAGGAGGCCAAGUAUGACAGCAGAUUAAAUAAAUAUUCAUUUGUAUUAUACAGUCCGAGCAUAGAUAUUAUAGCGAUCCAACAAAAAUGACCAGAUACCUAAACAGUAAAUGCUAUAAUGCCUGUAGUCAGUAGUGUCUUUAUCACAGUAGUAGGAGAUGCUGUUCUCAGUAUUAUUAGUAUUAAAUGCAUUUGCUAUUUAAAUCUAAUUAUUCCCUUGAAAUGAAUCUGAGAUAAUAUGACUGAUAUAGAUGCUCAGUAUAGUUCUGUAAAUGCAUCUCACAUUUCUUCAGCAUUGUAGUUCAGUAAUGAAUUUAAUGUUUGCGGGAAUUAAUUUAAUUAAUUUCUGGGCUGUGAGUGACAUGUCAAAAUUAGUCAUUAAUUAUAACCUCUCUGCAAUUCAAGUGUCAUUUAAGCUGGAGUCUUGAAAUGGAGAGUUCUGUUCAUGUGUAGCAUUGAUGAAAUAUCAGUCACAGUUACGUUCUGUCUGGAUGAAAGUUUUCCCCACGAUUUGUUUGUGUUAAACUGCAAAUAGACAAUAAAACAUUUUCGAUACAA